AUCACAACCCGUGGCCCAUUGAUUGCUCUCGAGAAAGAGAGAGAGAGUGAGAGAGAGAGAGGGGCAGCCCGUCCCGAUGCUCUGUUCUCUUGGAUGAUGACGUCCAUAAAAGAUGUUCUUGGGAGAUAGAGAGGAAUGACUAGUGAUCCCAUUCCCGCUGUCAUAAAAUCUCGUCCUUCGGUGCAGUUCUAUUUGUGAGAUGGGAAAAAGCUGCGGACUUGUGAACAAGUAUCAGAGUAGUUAUGAUAGCAAACGACGGAGAAAGAGAAAGAGUGCAAAUCCGCAUUAAAUAGGAGGUCAGGGUUAUUCACACUGCACUGCCAGCGGCAAUGAGAAUAGAGAGAGAGAGAGAGAGAGAGAGUAAAAGAGAAGAAUAUAUAGCUUUUAGAGAGCCAUAGGAGGGAGUCGUCACUGUAGAGUUCAGUUCAGCACUGAGAAAGGUAGCGACGGAGAAAAUUUUCGAGAAAUUAGAACUAGAGGUGUGUCGGUCUGCUUUCAAAGCGGAUCGAGAGGAGGGAAAGGCAAUCCCGAACUUUCAGAGUCUUCCUCAUCCUUUUGCGUGGCUGAGGCGUGGGUCGGCGAUCUCCUUCUCGGUGGGGGCUCUUCUUGGUCUUGAGUUGGAGGCAGGGGAAGACAGUGAGAGAGAGGAAAAAUCGAGUCUUUUUCCGUCUUUAAGAAUCAAGAUAGCUUUGAUUUGCUGGUUUCGUUGAUCCCUCCGUGUCUUUUCUGCUGAAUCUUCGGAGGGUAGAGAAUAUCUGGAAAGUUGAGCUGUUUCCUCCGGCUGUCCAUUUGAACUCCUCUACCAGCUGAACACAAGCAAAAGCCUCCUCCUCAGUCUUCCAUUUUUGAACCUGGCAAAUUUUAUCUGCCUCUUUCUCUAUCUGCGCUCUGCUUUUGUUGUGUAAUGUCUCUCCGUUGUUGGUUUUACCAGCGAGUUGCUAUUAGUUUAAUGGUUUCGGGGGUGGGGCGGGGGAAGCCUUCAAUAUCCCUGCGUCUCUCUGCAACAUCCUUUUGUCUUCUAAUGCUGUUCUUCACGAGGCCUUGACAGGUUUUUUCCUUCCUUUUGAAAAAGAUCCCAUCUUUAGCCUAAUUUUGCUGAUCUCCCCUUGCGUCUUUCAAGGUUUUUAUCACGUAUCGCCUCCCUCUUUUGAGUUUUUACCACCUCGAUAAGAUUCCCUGUUCUUUUUGUUUUUAGUUCGUAUCAUGUUAGACCAUUGAAUUCGCAUCCCUUGCUGCUCUUGUUUGCCUCGUAGGACCUCAGCCAGUAGGCUUUUCUUGCUCAAAUCCUGCGAUUGCUGCCGGAAUUUGGAAGAUUCCAGUUGCCGGAAGAUGGGUCGGGCAACGCGGUGGCUGCGGAGACUCUGGAGUGGGAAGAAGGAGAACAAGGAGGCCAAGGACUGCACCGGCUACGGUGGCGGUGAGGACAGGAGGGAGAAGAAAAGGUGGAGCUUCACGAAACCGGCCAGGGACACAGGCGACGUGCUGUUGGGUCAAAACGCCACGACGGCCGCCGCGGUGGAGGCGGCGUUGUUUAGGUCCUUCUACUCGGAGAGUGAGAAGGAGCAGAGCAAGCACGCCAUUGCGGUGGCCGCGGCCACUGCUGCGGCUGCGGAUGCGGCGGUGGCGGCCGCACAAGCUGCCGUCGCGGUUGUCCGGCUUACGAGCCAGGGGAGGGGCGCCAUCUCCGGCGGCAGCCUCGAGCGUCGAGCUGCGGUGAAGAUCCAGACGGCAUUCAGGGGAUACUUGGCAAAGAAAGCUCUCAGAGCUCUGAAAGCGUUGGUUAAGCUACAAGCCCUCGUCAGAGGCUAUCUCGUGCGCAAGCAAGCGACCGUCACUCUUCAUAGCAUGCAGGCUCUCAUCAGAGCUCAGGCCACUGUCCGAGCGCAGAGAGCUCGAAAUCUUGUUCGGAAUGAGAAAAGGUUUCAGCCGGAAAUCCGCCACCGGCGAUCUUUGGAAAGGUUCGACGAGUCCUGCCGAAGCGAGAACUUGUCGUCGUUCCAUAGUAGAAGGCUUUCCGCGAGCCUUGACAGUGCUUCCAAUGGCUUUGAUAGGAGCCCGAAAAUUGUGGAGAUAGACACCUGCCGCCCGAAGUCGUCGAGAUCUUCCCGACGAGCCAAUCCGUCUGUUCUCGACCCCGCCGAUGACUUCCACUCGAGUUCCAUCUCUUCCCCGCUCCCGUGCCAGAUUCCAGCCAGGAUCUCCAUCCCCGACUGCCGGAACUUCCAAGACUACGACUGGUGCCUCGCAGGCGACAAGUGCCGGCUAUCCGCGACAGCGCAGAGCACUCCCCGCUACAUGAACUCAAUUAGCAAUCUGCCCGUCACUCCGGCCAAGAGCAUGUGCGGCGCAGACUUCGCUCUCCGCCGCUUCACGAACGUUCCAAACUGCCCCAACUACAUGUCAAGCACGCGGUCCUUCGAGGCGAAGUCGAGGUCCCAGAGCGCCCCGAAGCAGCGGCCGGAGCCGGCGGGGACGAGAAAGAGGCUGCCUUUGAGUGAGGUAAUGCUCGAAUCCCGGGCUAGUCUGAGCGGAGUCGGAAUGCAGAGGUCCUGCUCUCGCGUCCAAGAGGCCUUCAACUUCAAGAGCGCCGUCGUUGGGAGGCUCGAUAGGUGCUCGGAGCCGCGGAAGGAGGCAGAGAGGGAGUUCUACUGGCACAGGAACUCGUAAUGCCAAAGGCUACCAAGAAGAUUACAAGAAUACGAGGAGGUCUCUUAACUUCCUCUAUUGAUCGUUUCGUUUCAUAUGUUUUCCUGUUGCGAUCACAACAGUGGUCGAUGUAAAUUCUGUGUCUCUGAUCGAGAAAUCCUUAUUCUUCUUCCA